GAUCACUUUCAAUAGGGCUUACUACGACAGGUGAUGUGCAUAGGGUAAUGGUUUCCGGACAACAAGUUGGAAGACAGAGUGCGGAAGAGAGAGUGAGAGGGAGAGAGGAUAGCCCAAUUCACUUGCUAAGCUGUCAACAAAAACCAUCGAGAAGAAGGGUAAAUAGUCACGGCUUGACAUGACUGAACGUCAUCAAAACUCAAACAAUAAGACGAGUAGGAUGAGGAGUUUGGUUUGUUAGUUCGACGUCGCGUCGAUGUUGUCGCUUUACUUCAAAGCCGACCCACACUCGGUGAUCGAGUUUGAUCCGAAAGCAUAACAUCCACCCUUCUUCGUUUCCCGUCUCAUUUUCCGUCAGGCUUUCGCCAUCCAUGGCCGACAUUUCCUAAGCUCCGAUGAGAAGUAACUCAGACUUGAGUUCUCGCUUCCAGAAUUAAAACUCGACUGUUUAUAUUCCGUUUUUCUCUGGACGUUAACCUUUUUCAGCAGGACACCGGGUCAUAACUUCCCUCCUCACCACAAAAAAAAUCGAAGACAUCCCUACUCAGCCCUGGCCCUGUACCGCGGACAAGGUGUUUGAACACAAGACUCUACCGCACACUCACAAUCUUCUUUCUGUUCAAAGAAGAAACAGAAAAAGAAGGACAAAAAUCGAUUCCAAACCUUUCGCAAAGAAAAGGACCCGCUAAAGUGCUACCCUUACAGUUGUAAGUUUCUUUUCUCCCAUCCUCGAUCUAUAACUGUUGUUACGUACAGCUGAUUUAAGAAAAACGCCUGCGAGUUUCAGCUCCUUGGCACAGAGGCGACGCCAUUGCUUCUUCAUAGUAAACACUUGGGGAGCUUCGAACCACAAUCUGUCAGAAACAUUUGAGCAGAGCCAUCGUGAUCAGCCGAACCUACGCUGGAGUUAAUACCUCCAUUCCGCUACUCGGGAGGAGGCAACCCAGAGCGUUAUCCAAUGAUGAAUAUGAAGGAGCAUGUUGGCAUGCAUCCUCCCCCGCUUGGGCCGGGAGGACCCAAGUACUCACCGCUUCAUCGCCACCAUGACCGGGGACUCGAGAUGACAAGACGACAUUGCAUGAACGGACCAGGUAACUUCUUUGGUCCUCUUGAUGACAGUGGGUUUCUUGCCCGAGCUGAAGCUCUAGCUGCUGUCGAUGUCAUGUCCUCUAUGGUGAAGACUAGUCAACCUCAUAUGACCAUCAAGAACGACACCAACUACUCUCAUCAUCACGCCGUCAACAGCGGUAUGCAUCCAGCACACUUCGCCCCGACAUCAUCUCCAGUAUCACGUGGUCUCCCUCAUCAUCACAGCAUGGAUCAUGGUGAGUUCCUUGACAUCUCAGCAGCAGCUAGCCUUCCCGGAAGUGGUCCUGGACCAGGAUUGUCCGAUGUCCAGAGCGCAGCAGCAGCAGCGGCGGCGGCAGCGGCCGUGUCGCAUCAAUCAUCCUUCACGCCACUACCAGGUACCGGUGGUCAUUUCAACCCGAUGAAUACGAUGAUGCCGCAUGGUAUGGGCAUGCACGACAUCGACACUGAUCCUCGAGAGUUGGAAGCAUUCGCAGAGCGGUUCAAACAACGCAGGAUAAAGCUCGGCGUCACCCAAGCCGACGUCGGUAAAGCUCUGGCAAACCUGAAGCUUCCUGGCGUAGGAUCACUCAGUCAGAGUACUAUCUGUAGGUUUGAGAGUCUUACACUCAGUCACAACAACAUGAUUGCUCUUAAACCCAUCCUAGCGGCAUGGCUGGAUGAGGCGGAGGCUGCUGCAAGAGAUAAUCGAAAUUCACCUGGUAUCCUUGACAACGGAGACAAAAAACGAAAGCGAACGAGCAUCGCUGCUCCUGAGAAACGUUCCCUUGAAGCAUACUUUACCGUCCAACCAAGACCAUCAAGUGAGAAAAUAGCAGCCAUUGCUGAGAAACUGGACUUGAAAAAGAACGUGGUACGCGUUUGGUUCUGUAACCAACGCCAGAAGCAAAAGAGAAUGAAAUACUCGGCGCAACCGAGGUGAGAGUCCUCCCAAGCUCUCAAAAUCAAACUGAAAAGUGGAAGAAAUAUAGGACUUCCUAAGAGACCUGUGAUUACAAUAUUUUCCAAUUUGCCACAUGACUUUUGUGAAUUAUUCUAGCUGCCAAUUCGAGGGUAAACACUGGUAGCCAUUGUCCUGUUUCCCAUCUCUCUCUCUCUCUCUCUCUCUCUCUCUCAUGAGCCGACCUGGGAUGGACGAUAUAAAAAGAAGUGAACAAAAAGCUAGCCAAUCAAUAGCGAUUAUCGUAUUUCUUCAUCGAGUGGUGACAGGCGAAGCAGGGAAAGCAGCUAUUCCUUUGCCUUACAUGUUGUAUAGUCAUGUAUAGAAAUGUAGACAAACCUUGUAUUG